AUGAACAGCAAAUCUCAACAACAAGAACAACAACCAAUUGUAUUCGUCACCGGUACAGACACUGAUGUUGGUAAAACCUUUGUAUCAACAUUAUUGGUACACAAAUGGAAAGCUGCAUACUGGAAACCCGUACAAACUGGAAUUGAGUCAGAUCAAGGUGACUCCGAGACAUUGAAAAAUUUCAAAAUAGCCGCAUCAACUUGGCAACCACCUAUAUUCACGCCCACUUAUGCGCUGCAGAAGCCUCUAUCUCCGCUCCAGGCCAUGGAGUACGAACCUAAUGUCGACAUCAGGUUGUUGGAUUUCGUAGUUCCUGAAGAGUGGAGCGCAGAGAAUCCAUUGGUCGUAGAAGGAGCCGGCGGGGUUUGCGUUCCUAUCACUCGUAAAUUGGAAAUUACGACGGAUCUAAUUAAACAUCUGAUUGAGACUAGCGGCCAUCCAGUGUACGUAGUUGUCGUGGCACGCAGCGGGCUAGGGACUCUGAAUCAUACAUUGCUGACUUGGAAUCAUCUUUGCGAUAAUGGCUUGAGAAGCCACCUUUUUGGGGUCAUUCUCAAUGGGGAACCGAAUGAAGGCAACGUGCAGGCCCUGAAGAAGUUCGGUGUCAAUAUUAUGGCACAGGUUGCACAAUGUACUACGGCACAUGAUCAGGAUAUGGAGUUGCAUGAACUGCCAUCGGUGGAGUCAUUAAUGACCCAACAAGACGUAGAAUAG